AUGCUCCUCUUGUCCCACGCAUUCACAGUGAUGAUGGAUUUGUCGCUUGCCGGCACGUACGAUGUGCUCCUGGUACCGCUUCUAGUACCAAAGGCGAUCUUGCAAGAGAAAUGGUUGCCCGCAAACCUGCGAGACGGUCUGCUUCCCAUUCCGGUGCAGAUCCUCGCAGAUUUGGAUCUGGCGCAAGAAGCGAGCACCGCCUCCGAGCCUUUGCACUUGAUCUUUCUUCAACUCGGCUAUCAACACAAUACAGGUCCGGGCAAGAUGUGGAUGGGCAUGCGAAUGAAUAGCUUCAGCGAGGCCAAGCUGGAAGUGCCCUUCAUGAGACACCCCGCUGCCAGCGAUGCAGGCUCGCACGUGCCUUUUCUCUUCAAGCAGACCAUUCUAUCCUCUAGCCGCAUCAUCUCUACAGCAGCGCGCUACACGCCGGGCGCGCGAAGUCUACACGCCUCUUUCAAGCCCGACAAGUCUCCAAGCUCCUUCGAGGCUGAUGCGCAGAGCAUCCAGUAUACCGUUGCUGACUGGUUGGAUGCCAAAGCUACGCGUAGCGGAGAGCUGGAUGAAGCAUUCGAAAAGAGGUGGGAUGCUGUGAAGCGAUUGGCAGAAGCUGCUUGGUUUGCGGAAAGGAGCGGACAGAACAUCAUCGAGUUUCACUUCAACACAUCUGCACCUCGUAUACCUCCUAGAACAUACGUCAUCGAUUUGACUCUCAACGUCCAGCGCUUUACCCACGAAAGCCGUUUGGGUGCUCAGGCUCACACGCAAGCUGUUGCUGCAGCAUCAUCAUCCUCGUCUCAAGAGCUGAAUUUCAAAUCCAUCAAGGCCUUCAGGACCAAGCUGGACCUCACUUCGGAUUCCUUCAACGUCGAUCAGAUCGUCCAUCGCGAGACGACGCGGGGCGGUGAGGUGAGGGAUGCGUCAAAGUCGGCUCCAGCGGUUGAUCUGCAUCAAGACCUGUGAUGCUUCGACCUGCCACACACACGGAUUUGCGCGCCCGCUUGAGAAUGAGAAUGUGCAUGGUGAAUGCAUCAAUCCCCCCCGAACGAAAGAGUUCCCCCUUUGAAGGCCCUCUCAAACCCUCGCGCUGCGCUAUGCUUUGUGCCCGUCAGGGAAGCUCACAGGACGCGCACGCUGGACUCCACUACCUCAUCUCGUCUCGAGUCGGCACGCGCAC